AUGGCUCGUGAAAUUCGUUUUAUAAAUCGAACUCUGUCUGAUGGGUUAUUGCAAAUCUUUCGUUCUAGUCCUUUUCUCGGAAUACUUUCAUUUCUAAUCGUGAUUAUUAUUUCAUCUGUGAUACCAUUGUCGUUCCUUUGGUUAAUACAAUAUUUUCUAUUUGACUCAGCUUUUAUUACAAUUCAAUCAUCUUGUCUACGUAAUUUAUUGACCAUUUGGUCCAUAGCAGAAGUCGGAUUUUUGAUUUAUCAGUGUUAUUUGUACAGAAAGAUUCAACAUCCGACUCAACCGCCAUCGAUAACCUCAAGCGAACGUGAUCAACUUGUUUCAUAUGCGCUUCGAAACAUUAAGGAUGUGUCUCGUACACUGAGUAAAUGGUUUAUGGAUUGUCCGUUCGAAGACAUUGAUCGAGAAAGUAUCGCUGGUUGGUUAGCAUUUGCAUUUUACUCGAAAUAUCUUAAUGAUUUAACUGAGAGUGAAUAUAAUGAAAUCGAUUGUUUCAUCGAAAAAGUUCAAGAGCAAACGCAAAUGAAAGCAGCUACUGAAAAGUCAUCGAGGAAAAUCUUUUACAUGAGACAUAUUCUCGAUCCUGUUCGAGUUAUUUUCCGUCCGUUGGCUUUCUACUUUGUCACUGAUACGAUAGUCAAUGGAAUCUUAGCAAAAUGGAAUUUAUCUCUUCGAGGAUACCGAUUCGUUCAGGUAGGUCAUUUACAAUUUUGGACAUUUUGUCAGGAAGGAAAUGAGAAUGAAGAACCUAUUAUAUUCUUUCACGGAAUUGGGGUGGGAUUAUUGACAUAUCAGCCGUUUAUCUCUACUUUACAUAAAAAAUUUGCAAACAAUCGCCGUAUUAUUCUCAUUUCAAUGCGAUGUGUUUCAAUGCGUUAUCCAUCGCUUCAAGACAUUCCAAAUAUGUCCGAAACAAGCGAGUCAAUCAAGCAGAUCUUUGAUCAUUAUCGAAUAAAGAAGGCUGUUUUCAUCGGUCAUAGUUAUGGCACCGCUUGUCUUUCAUGGGUUGUUCAGAAAUGUCCGGAAUUGAUUUCUCGUGUAAUCUUUGUCGAUCCGAUUUGUUUCGCGCUGUUCGAACCAUAUGUCGUUUAUAAUUUUGUCUAUCGCACACCUUACAAAUUGGGGCAUUUCUAUUUGUACUACUUCGUUUGUCGCGAAAUGGGUAUUUCGUAUGUUGUCAGUCGACAUUUCUGGUGGACGCAAAAUAAUUUGUAUGUCGAGCAGAUCAAAUCCUGUGCGAAUGGAAAACUCCCCACAUAUGUUCUUUUAUCCGAACGAGAUUGCAUUGUCAAUUCGGAUUUAGUUAGAGACUAUUUGACUGAUAAUCAAAUUGAAUACUAUUGGGCACCGAAACUCUCUCAUGGUGAUUUUAUGCACGAUAAAGCAAGUUGGAAGAAAAUUUGUGAAUGGAUUUCAUAG